AUGCCUUACAAUACUCGUCGGAAAUCUCUCUCCUUGCCAUCUCUCGGCAUUCACGUGCCUAAUUCCUCGCGCACUCACCGCCCAUCCAUCAAGUUCAUUCAGGAGUCUGAACCGGUACAAUCGCCUCCCUCAAAGAAACUGAAGCGUUCUCAUGCCGGCGAUGAGCCGCUUUCCCCAAUCUCAUCCCCUCGAUCAAAGGUCGGUUCUCCAGCACUUGACGAGAUCCCUCCAGCAACAUUUGCCAAUAAGAGACACGCAGCCGAACAAACUCCUCCACCUUCACCUGGCUUGAGGCCACAGUUUCGCAAAGUCGACAUCGACGGAAUCAACGACGAUAUUGUCAUCGGAGUCAUUGAACAGCUGGAGAAGACUGGGAAUCGCCCACACCUCAUCCGAGACUUAGCAACCAUCCUGGCCUCGACCAAUAAAAGUAUUGCUCAUUCUGCCAACCCAGCUGCAUUACUUUCUUCCCGUCUGAGUCUAUACCUGAAACGACCCUGGACUGCUUUGUCACCAUGCCCUUUAGCCAAGGAGCUUAUACCGGUUCACCCAAGGAAGGUGUUCUUUUUCUUGACCACUCAACCACGGAUGCCCUUGCCUGAAUCGUCUGACGAUAUCCUACCACCUCCCCUUAUCCAGGCCAAGAAUUUGACUCCAAGCCUUUCCGACCACAGCCAGAUGGAUGAUUUGGAGUUGGACCAAAGAGAACGCGCUCGACUCUCACCUAGUCCGGAGGUAGAACUAUAUUCCCCAGAACUAGACCAGGAUGUUUCCAUGGAACCCACUACCCCUGGCGAGCACUUUAGUGCUAGGAGCAGUCUCAACCCAGAUGGCACCCCAGAGGUUCCACGUCGACCGAACCGUGCCCCUAGUCCUCCGCUCGAAGCCGAUGAGCGAGGAUUCACCGAGACUGCCACUGCGGUUCGCGCUCGUGGUAUGAGUCUUCACAAUCUCACCAUUCAGGAAUCCGUUGAGGGUGAUCGACAACUGACAGCCGUCGACGUGUCUGACGAGACCCCUGAAAUUCGUCAGAGGCGGGACCGUGAGCUAGGAAUGGAGCUUUUUGGCACCUCCCACGCAGAGCUACAUGCUCCAGAACAAAAGCUCCUCUCUAGCAGUCCCAUGAUUCCUGCCAGACAAGACCAUCACUCAACAAUGCCAAAGAUGUAUUUGACCUUACAACUCGACGACAUUGACAUACUCGAAUCAUCAUGGGCACUGAAAAGCCCCGAGCAGAUGGAUAUCGACGAGCUCGAAGACUUAUUCACAGGCUUUUAG